UUUCAAUACGUCAGUAUACGAACAAACCCUUGAGAAAAUGUUGAGAUCCAGUUCUGGACAACCAUUCUUUGCUGGACGAAGGAGUGAGAGACCUUCGUCUCCUGAAGACCUCCACCCUCCCUCCACCUCGAGGGAGCACGGACGAAGGGGUGAGAGACCUUCGUCCCCUGAAGACCUCAACCCUCCCACCACCUCGAGGGAGCACGGACGAAGGGGUGAGAGACCUUCGUCUAGUGGAGACACCAAUCCUUCUAACACCGUGAAGGGGCACAGCCAAAGGGGUGAGAGCCAUUUGUUUUUUGCAGGAAAUAAGUCCUCUACCAUCAGGCAGCAAGCACGAAGGGGUGAGAGCCCUUCUCCUUCAUCCUCUGAAGACGAGCAGUCUUCUACUCCAAGGUGGGAGCAAGAAUGGAGCGAUGAGAGCUCUUCUUCAUCUUCUGAAGACAACCCGCCCUUUACCACCAGGCAGCAAGAUGUGACCUUGUUCUACAUAGGCAACAUCCCUACUAGCACCAUGAAGGAGCUCACGCCGAAGGGUGAGAGCCCUUCUUCAUCUUCUGAAGAUGACCAGCCUUCCACCAUGAGGAGGCAGCAGGAGAAAACAGUUGAGAGCCCUUCAUCAUCUUCUGAAGAUGAGCAGCCUUCUGCUCAAAGGCAGCAGCAAGAAUGGAGGAGUGAGAGCUCUUCUUCAUCUUCUGAAGAUGAGCAGCCUUCUACCACCAGGCAGCAGCAAGAAUGGAGGAGUGAGAGCCCUUCUUCAUCUUCUGAAGACGAGCAGCCUUCUGCUCCAAGGCAGCAAGCACAAAAGGAUGAGAGCUGUUUGUUCCACACAGGCACCAACCCUUCUACCACCCCGAAGGAUUACAGGCCAAAGGGUGAGAGCCAUUUGUCUUGUGCAGCAAACAAGUCCUCUACCAUCAGGCAGCAAGUGCUAAGGGGUGAGAUCCCUUGUCCUUCAUCCUCUGAAGACGAGCAGCCUUCUUCUCCAAGGUGGCAGGAAGAAUGGAGCGAUGAGAGCCCGUCUUCAUCUUCUGAAGACGACCAGCCUUCCACCACCAGGCAGCAAGAACAAAAGGAUGUGAUCUUGUUCUACAUAGGCAACAUCCCUUCUAGCACCACGACGGACCACACACCAAAGGGUGAGAGCCCUUCUUCGUCUUCUGAAGACGAGCAGCCUUCUACCACCAGGCAGCAAGCACAAAGGGGUGAGAGACCUUUGUCUCGUGGAGAGUUCAACCCUGGUGAAGGCCCCUCCUCGCAUUUGGCAGAGGGGUGUUUAGAAAGAGAAAAUGAGAGGUGUGAAAACAGCCAGGAGGAGGAGAGGAGAACUUUUGGUUGGCUUUCAAGACUAUACAUUUGGUGGCUCAAAUGUAAGAUAGACCGCACCUCCAGAAAAAUCCAAUCAACCUUUGUGGAUGAGCGCAAGCUCCUUCGUUAUGGUUCCCUCGUAAAUCCAAAGAAAUUGGCAGAAUACGAACGGCUGCUUGACCGAAGGAGGGAGCUGGUCACGUACAAACGCAGACAACAAUGUAAGGUGGAGAAGGAAGUGACGAAGCAAAGGUUGAAGCUGGAGAAACAGGUGAAGGAGAUGGAGAAUAUCUCUGAGUUGUGCUGCAACCCAGAAAGCCCUGAUCUGUAAAAUCUUUGCCAAGGGCCAACGGCAGUCAAGUCACGCAAACUCGGACUUGAUACAUCAUAUACUGUUUAAGAGAAAAGGAGAGCAAUCAAAAAAAUCACACAGAAUAGAGAGAAUAGAGAGAUGGCAAAAAUUUCAGAUUUGACAAAACAAAAGUAAAAUAUUCUUUCAAAACAUUAGCAACCACCAUCAAAUAUCCUCGCAACCACUUGAUAACACCCUAGAUGUUGGCUUUAAUUCAACUAUACAGUUAAAAAGCAUUAUGCAAAUAACAGUGUCCUAACCUACAAGACUUAGACUUCUCUUUAUUGAUCCUGUUGGGAUGACUCCCGCAAGGAAAUUGAAAAUUCCAGCAGCAGUUUUAGCAAGAAAAAAAAUAGAUAAAAAAGACAGUAUAAAGACAACAAAAUAACAGUAAUAAUAAUAAUAAUAAUAAUAAUAACAAUAAGAAUAUUCGGCAAAUAAUGCCACUUGACCAAAUCUUACUCAUCCUAACCUAGCCUAAUUUAACCAAGGUUAGCCCAACACCUAUCCAAGUAAUUAUUGGAUCGGUAUAAUAGUAAUAAUUUAUCCUAGGCUUUGUGUCAGAGACAUGUUAUAGCCCAAUGUGAGUUGGAGCAGCCAUCGGCCACCCCCAAAACCCAGCACAAGAUGAGAAGAUGGGUGGAUGGGUGGUUAGACUGACUAACAGUGAUGGGAGUAACGUGUUACAAAUGUGAUGCAAUUACAGUAAUAGAAUGCAUUACUAAUACAAUUCCGGUAAUAUUAUACCCGUUAAAAUCGCAAUCACAAACGCAUUUUAGCAUUUUAACUUCACAUUUAGUGGCGUUUGUUUUUUCAAGAAUUCACCAAUACAGCAAGUGUCAUUUCCUAUAUUCUGUGUAUAAUAACACAUAAAUAACAAAUAACAACAUGUCAGGAAUUAAUGUCCAGUCUUGCUACACAUAAUAUAAGUAACUAUAGCGUAGGCUACUUUGAUUCAGUUGUAAGGUGCUUUUAAUUGAGCAUUUCAAUUAAUUUAAUCUUAGUAAUUAGACUACUUCUAGUCCACCACAAUUCAGAGUCAAGUAGGCUAUUGUACGUUUUACUUAACUGUUUAUUUUAUAGCUUAAGUUACUUUGCAGCUUUAGAUUAAUAACACAAAAUAAUUUCUGAUUUAUUGAAGUGGAUAAAGAUCAGACUUUGUUGAUCCCGUGGCGACAUUCACAAGUUACUUGCCAAGUCAUACUUCUGCUUUUAAUUUUAAAGUAACGCUAAAGUAGUUUAAAGCAUUAUAAUUUAGAGACAGUAAAAUUAAAAUAUAACUAAUUACUCUCAAAUGACAGUAUCUAGUAAUCAAUAAUGUAUUACAUUUUGGAAGUAAUUUGCCCAACGCUGCCGACUAAAGACAGAAACCCCGAAAUCCUGUGACUGUGGGGUUCCUUUUGUGCCAAAAUGAAGUCAACAUGCUUACUUACUGUCUAUGUCUACGUGUCAAUGUCUUUGUCGACUCGUCACAUGACUCAACAUUUGUCUGUGUCAACUCAACUUACUCCUGUCGUCUGUUGCCCUCCUUGUCAUGUGACUGUGUCGCCUUGCUGCGUCCAUGGUGACUUGGUCAUGACUGUCGAUGCUUUGUCUCGUUUCGCUCGGCCGUUACUAUGUGGUGUUUCAAGGUGUUUUUGUGAUUGUCGUCCUGAUGUCAGCAUGGACGCAGCAAGACGACACAGUCAAAUGGCAAUGAGGGCAACAGACGACAAGAGUAAGUUGAGUUGACACGGACAAUUUUUGAGUCAUGUGAGCAGUCGACAUAGACAGACGUAGACAUAGAGAUAUAGACAUGGACUUCUCAGUCUUAGACUUCUCUUUAUUAUUCCUUUUGGGAUUAAUGAAAUGACAAGAUGGGCAACAGACGACAGGGGUAAGUUGAGUUGACACGGACAAUUUUUGAGUCACGUGAGCAGUCGACAGACACAUAGACACAUAGACACAUAGACACAUAGACACAUAGACAUAGACAUAGACACAUAGACACGUAGACACAUAGACAUGGACAUAGACACAUAGACACAUAGACACGUAGACACAUAGACAUAGACACGUAGACACGUAGACACA